GCAUUUUCUAAUAUCUGCGACUGGGCAAGGCCUGCACUCCUCAUCGAUAACUCGCUACCGCGCCAAAGCCUAACGUUGCAACGAUGACCACGUCUGCGCAGAACAUCGUCACCUGCUCGCCGGGAGAGUUCUACAGUCUGUACGCGUGCGGAUGGGAGUUUGUUGGCGACGACGGCAUGGAACCCAUCUUCAAAAAGAUGCUCUCUGACGCGACGCUGGGCUAUCCGGAAAACGUUUUCCGCGCGUUUCCCGGCUCCAGCAAUCAUUCAAAAGAUACGUCCCUCGACGAGAUCUGGGAAGGGAUAGCGCAGCUGUUCGCAGAUAUCGUGGAUGCUGCCGAGCAGGUGCUGCCAGAGAGGUUCCACCCGGACGCGAGGACGGCGACCUUUCAGUGUAAUCGCCAGAGCAAGACAUUCGUACACAAAGGCGUCGAGUCGUUCCGCCUCGAUGGCUAUACCGUACUGAAGGACAAGAGCGCCCACGGGGCCUUCGCGGGCUCCGCAAUCGAGAGCGUCAUCCUCAACGAGAACGACCCUGAGUGGAUAGGGGAGUGGAUGGCCGACAUUGGGGUGUCUGUACUCUGGUCAGACGGCGACGAUGCGGCUGAGAAUGAGGAGCAGUCCAUCGGCGUUGCAAACCAGAUCCUGUACAGCGACUGUCGUCGCGUCGCCCACAUCGCCAUUACCAUCGAGGACACCACUGCCCGCAUCUGGUACCACACGCGCUCCUACUCUGCCGUGACGCAUGAAUUCGACAUCAACAAGCGAUGCACCGACUUCAUCCAGUUCGUCCUCUUCGCCACUUACGCAAAGUGCCACCUUGGCCUCGACCCCGGUAUUGCGCGUGUCGUCGACGCAAGCGACUCGCUUCAAUACCAGUUCAGCGUACCGAAGAACAUUCUAAGCAACAAAGUUGUCGUCUAUCAGACGACGGGCAUCCUGGCUGCGUGCUCACUCUCGGGUGGUCUAUACGGCAAGGGGCGUUCCGUCUACACAGCCAAGCCCGCAGACCGUCUCGGAGAUGGAUUAUCUAUCCGCUCAGAAGCGCAGGAGCAUGUACUCCGCGAUACGCACCUCCUGCCUUGCGACCCAAGGGAGUCGGAGAUGCAGCGCGAGCUGAUCUCGGCUAUGAACGCGAUCGCCGGGACCGAGGAGACCGAGCGGAUGAAGAAGUUCUUCGUGAAGAUCGCGUCGGACAUGCCAGCGAAGUACAAUGUCCAGCGGAGGUCACCGAGUUUCACGUGGCCGAAGAAGAUCUACCGGCAGAGGUGGAUGACAGUGUAUGCCGAGCGCUGCCACGAUUUGUAUGAAGUCGACGAUCCGGUGCUGUUCCAUCGAGCGCUAGCUGAGGUCAUGAUCUUCCUGAAAUUCCUGUUCCGCGUUGGACGCGUCCAUCACGACAUCAGUCCGGGAAAUAUCAUGCUAUACUGGGACCCCCUGACCUUGGACUGGGUGGUCAAGGUCAUCGACUUCGAAUUCACGAAACGUUACGAAGCGCUCGAGCCCUGGGCCAGACGAACGGGCACUAGACCCUACAUGGCCAUCGAGAUAGAGGCAGGCAAGCAUAUGUUCUUGCCGGAGAACGCACCCGACUCCCUCCUCGCUGCAAAUCACUUCAACGUCAACUUCUGCCACGACGUAGAGUCCGUACUCUGGAUCGCGCUUCAGUACGCCUUGGAGCACGUCGACGAGAGAGUCGCCUUGCGCAGAAAGCGCGACCCUACGAGUUUCAGGCGCGACCCCGCUACUGCCGCUUGGCUGUUGUUGCAGCGCUGUCGCAGAGAGAGACUCUUUGUACACGAUGCGCCUGGCUCAGAAGUGCGUCGUGAACUGAUGUUGGGCGACGCAAAGGAGUGCCGUACUCUCUGGCAACUGCUCAGCCGAGCAUACGGCCCGGACACGCCCAUGGUCCGGCUGCAUAACCUGAUUCAUAUGAUGGGCGACGCGCACCGCAUGGUGCAGGCAAGAGACAUCGACGAGGAGCUCGGGGCAGGAUUGCCUGCGGCCCAGGUCCGACACAAGCGACUCGCGAAGGAGAAUUUUGACACGGACGUGUAUCACCGAUUCGAGGAGGUCUUCCGCCGCAUCAGCGAGUACUACGAGGGCAAGAAGGGGCUACUGAGGAUCGACCGGGUCGACAUUGACGUGGUCGCAGGGAUCAAGGAGGGAGAGGUCAUCGUCAACGUCGGUGAGCUGACAAUGCCGAGGUGGAGACCGCCCAGGCCUGCAGCACCAGGGGCCAAGGUCGAUCCUGCGCCUGAAGGACAGAAAGCGAAGGCUGAGUCAGAGGGUGACCUCCUUCCAGAAGUCAAGGAGUCACCGAACGUGCGGAAGCGUAGAGCGACGGAGGAUACGGAGGACGCCAUUGAGGCGAAGAGACCGCGAGUCUCCUUGCCCCAGUCCAGCGCGCACGAUGGCCCACCAGAAGGCGCCCAAGCUCACAGAGAGGGCAGUGCGAGGGACGUCUUGCCUGGAGACGAAGGGUUCGUCGAGCCAGUUCGGGACGGGCAGGGUGAGCCGGGGACCCGGUUGAUAUGA